AUUUUCACUGCGCAUGCGCGGCUCAGGGAGUGCGCAGCGCGGCGAUCGCCGGUGCGCUGUGUCCCUCGGACACAGCGGGUCACAGAAAGAGCCGAAGAUAUCGGCUCAGUCAUAUGAUCAGCUGUGUCCGAUCACAGCUGAUCACAUAGGGGACAUGUACACUGAUCAUCUGGGCACUGAUGAUCAGUGUGCCCUGAUGAUCACUGUGGCCCCAGAAGUGCACCUGUCAGUGCUCAUCAGUGCCACGUGCCAGUGCCCAUCAGUGCCACAUAUCAGUGCAUACCAGUGCACAUCAAUGCCACAUAUCAGUGCCCAUCUGAGCUGCCUUUCAAUGUCACCCAUCACUGCCAGUCAGUGCCACCUAUCAAUG